AUGUUUGCAGAUUCACCUGAUACACUUGUAAAAUUAUUGAACACUAAUAGUAAUCUAGAUAACAAUACCUCAACAGAAUUAUAUGAUGAUGCUGAAGGAUAUUACAGAUAUAACAUUGGAGAAGUAAUUAAUCAACGAUACAAAGUUGAACAAUUCCUAGGACAAGGUGUUUUCAGUUGUGUUGUAAAAGCAACUGAUUUGAAUUCCACUAAAAACACAGCCCAAACACCUACAUUAGUAGCUAUAAAAAUAAUAAGAAAUAUUGAAUCUAUGAAAAAGGCAGGGCUAAAAGAAUUGGAUCUAUUAUCCAAAAUCAAUGAAAAGGAUACCCAAGAAUAUAGUAUAAUUAAAAUGGUUGAAUCAUUCACGUAUAGAAACCAUUUAUGCAUUGUAUUCGAAUUAUUGGAGAUGAAUUUGAGAGAUGUACUAAAGAAUUAUGGAAAAGUGCAAGGUCACCAACACAGUGUGGGUAUUUCCAUACAGGCAUGCAAAAUCUAUACAAAACAACUUGUUAAUGCCCUAAAAUAUAUUCAAGAAUGUAAUAUAAUACACGCAGAUAUCAAGCCUGAUAAUAUUUUGCUGGAUCACUCACAUCAAUUUGUAAAAUUAUCUGAUUUUGGAUCAGCAUGUCAUAUCAGUGAAAAUACUAUAACACCAUAUUUAGUGUCUAGAUUUUAUAGAGCUCCAGAAAUUAUUUUAGGAAUGAAGUAUUCUUAUCCUAUUGAUAUGUGGAGCAUUGCUUGUACUAUUUAUGAAUUGUACACUGGUAAAAUUUUAUUUACAUCCCAAAACAACAAUGAUCAUCUGAGAUUAAUCAUGGAAUUAAAAGGUAAAUUUCCAAACAAGGUUCUAAAGAGGUGUGCUUUUAGAGAAAAUCAUUUCGAAAGUGAUGGUGCCUUUUUAUUUAGAGAAUUCGACAAACUCACCAAGAAGAUCAAGAUUUCUAAAGUAUACUUCCAACGAAAUACUAGAGAUUUGAAAGCCAUGUUAUUGAACUCUAUGCUCCAAAACCAUCAACAAGAUGAGAAUGGAUCUGAGCAAGCACUCAUGGAAGAAAAGAAGCAAGUCAUGUUAUUGCAUGAUUUCUUAGAGAAGGCAUUAGCUCUGGAUCCAUCAAAAAGGUUGAGUGUUAAUGACGCUUUACUGCAUCCAUUUAUUAACAAUUAA